CAAAAAAUAUGAAACACCUGGAAACCUGUUCAUCAACCUCAAACCUGCUUGAAUUGUCCUACAGCUUUACGCAACCAAAAAAUUCAAUUUUGUGUAAGAAAAUGCUCCUGGUUAAAUUUCUUUGGUACAAUGUUGAUUGCAACAUAGUCUUGAUCUACAGUGGAUAGCUAACACUUUAGCCCAACAUCUAAUUUGAAAGCUACCAUCGUAAAUUUUUACAUCAUUUAGUACGAGCCUAGCCACCAAACUUCAUCAUCUUUUGUUUAGACACAUUCAAACCAAUUUGGUAAGUAGGAUUAAAUUGCCACUGUACGAAUGUUCGAGAAUUGCAUAUGAAGGCAAUUCAUUAUGUCUUCUUUUAUAGAAUGAUUAAGCAAGUAAUUUCGCAGUUACUUCCAUGCGGAAUUGAUGUGUUAAUACACUCUACGGGACAGAUUUUUGCCAUCAAGUAACCUACGUGUUAACGAACUUUGGAAUUCGUGUGAUGUAGUGUAUGUCAACAGCUUACGAAAAUUCAAAUCAUUAUGAGAUAUGUUAAAUUGAUAUGAGUGAGAACAUGUAUAAAUAUACGGGGGAUCUAGUUUCGUUCGCCUAGAGUUUUCAAGAUUUUCACAAUUCAAAUGCCCGAUCUAGCACAUCAAAUUGCCGGCCACAAAGCCGCCUUACACAAUCCUACUGUUUCUGAGGAGGCCAAAGCUAGAGCCCAAGAAUGGCUAGAUAGCCAUGGUCAAGAUGCUCAUUAUACAACUGGUACCACUCGUGGUCUCAAAUCCGAUGGAGACGAUGAAGCUGAAUUAAGAAAAGAAGGUUUCCAAAGUACAAACCUUUACGAAGAUGACGAAGCCCAAGCCAAAAACCUUGGAAACGUACGUGGUGGAUACAAGGCAGCCGCGCACAAUAAAAGAAACACAAAGAGUGGAAGAGAGGCUGCUGAAAAAGCCUUACAUGAAAUUGAUGAUGAAGCGAAGGCGUAGGAAAAUGCUGUUUCUUCUUUCGUCGAAAAGAAUAACUUAAAAAAUAAAGAGUUACUAUAUGUGUGUGUGUAUAUAUAUGUAAAAUAUUACGAAGCUUUUAUUCCGAAUAUAAUGAAAGAUUGAAUUUAUG